GAUUUACCUCUCUUUUUCUUAUAAAUAGAGGUUUCCUCUCUCUUUUUCUACAGAACAAAACCACAGACAAACCGUGGAGAGAUUCGAAAACUGAUACUAGGCUUGGGCGUUCGGGUCUUCGAGUCGGGUUCGGGCCGGUUCCUUUCGGGUCCGGGUCUUUCGGGUCCUAAAUAUUUAGACCCAAUAGGUACUUAGAAAUUUUCGGUUCGGGUUCGGAUCGGUUCUUCUCGGAUCCGGGUUGGUUCGGGUCUAUAAUUAAAAUACCCAUAAAAUACCCAUAAUUUUUCGGGUCCAUAUCGGGUCCGGGUCGGGUUCGGGUACUUAGGAUAUAAAAAAGACAUGAAAUAACCAAUUCUAUCAAAUUUAGUUAAUAUUUAUCAUAUAUAUCUAAAAUUUUACAAAAUAACCUAAAUGAAACUAUUAAUAAUUAACAUAAAACAUUUUUAAACUCUAAAUUUUACAUUUUAAAGCUUUAUAUUACUUAAAAAAUAUUACAAAAUAAUAACAAAUGUUGUUAACAAAAGAUAUUUCAACUAAAUCAUAAAAUAAUAUAUAUAUAAAAUAGAACACAAAAACAUUAUAGUUUUAGAUAUACAUGUUUUUAAGUCGGGUACAAAUCGGUUCUUAUCGGGUAGGAUCUAUUCGGGUCGGUUCUUUCCGGGUCCGGGUCUAUUCGGGUCGGUUCCUUUCGGUUCCAGGUCCAUUCAGGUACAAAAAAAUUAGACUCAAAAGGUACUUAUAAAUUUUCGGUCCGGAUCCGAAUCGAAUAUUUUUAGGUCGGUUCCGGUUCGGCUCUUCGGGUCAAGGUUAAAAUGCCCAAGCCUAACUGAUAUCUUAGCCGUCAAAAUACCUCUCCUCUGUCUCGCCUCUCUCAUUACAAGAAAAUAGCUCUAUUGCAACAUAAAAAUUGCAACGUCCAUUUUCGUUAAUAAUUUGCUACGAUUAUUGCAAUAUUUUUGCAAUAAUGAAUAUUCUUUAUAGUUUCAUUACAAAUUUAUUGCAAAAUAACAACUAUAACAGACGUAUGUUUUUUUUACUAAAUUUCAAAUUUUUACAACAUAAAUAUAUAUAUCCUGAAAAUUUUGCAAAAAACAUUCAACACUUUUCAAUCAUUGCUAAUUUGCAAAAAAAAAAUAAAAAAAAAUGUGUGGCAAAAAUGUGAAAGUGAUUAUACUUUCUUUAUAUAUUUUUAUAGAAAAAAAUAAAUGGCUUUCAUAUAUUAAUUACAACAAAUAUAUAAUAUAUAUUUCUAUUGUAUAUUUAAAUAUGUACACUAUAUUUUUUAAGUUUCAGAUUGUUGAGAUUUGUUAACAGUUUUAUGUUAUGAAUUUUAUUUUGUUUUGGUCUAAUAUGGUAUGGCUUACUUAUUCCUAGUCAAGAAAAAAAAAGGAAAUUAGACAAAAUAAUCAUUUAAAUAUUCGUUCAAAGAUAAUUAUAAAAUAACUAUGCUAUAAACGUAACUUUUAUCUCUUUUUUCCCUUUAAUUCAGAUAAAGAUAGGUAGCUUACAAAAAAAAAAUUCAGAUAAAGAUAGGUCCAAGGUCUUUAUCAUUAAAAAAAGAAUUAAUAAUUUCAAGAAAAAUAAAACUAGAUACAUACCUUCUUCCAAAUCAUUAACGGAAAAAAAUACUUCUCAUCUCUUUAAUUAUCGACAUACCCCAGAAUCUCUUUCUCCACUUUUUGUCGUGAAACAGAGCAUAUUACAGCAGGUUUCAUUAAUAUCACAAUAAUUGUGUUGCUGUUUCCUCCUUGAUUGAACGGCUCGGAAUUCUUACUUGUUGUCAUACGAUUCUGUUCACCUCAGCAGUUGUGGAAUCAAUAAUGAGGAUGAGGAGGAAGGUGAAGCGAGAAUCUGAAGCAACCGGCGAAGGCAAUGGGAGGAGACAUGUCGACGAGUCUGCGAAGAACAAGGGCGUAGAUGACUCCGUCCCAAUCGACGAGCCUCCGACUCAGGAAGAAGACCAGGGAAUUUCUGAUCGGAGGAUUCUCAGAUCUCAGUAUCUCGCUCUUAUUCACAAAAUCAGCCAUUCUAAAGAUGAUUUAACAAGGGUCGAUUCUGACAAAUUCUCCAGAAUUUUCAGUGAAUUUGAGAACCUGCACCAGAAAGUUCAGAAGCCAAGAGAGCAAGUUGCAGAUGCGGAGGCGUUUCUGGAUAUAGCAAACACCAUUAUGUCGUCUGUCAAGUCUCACUCUGCUAAUGGGGUUUCUCCUGCUGACUUUGUUAAUGCUUUGGUCAAUGGAUUUGGUCAGGCUUCUCUAGGGGUUGAUGAAACUUCUCCUGUUUCUAUCAAAUGGAAGGAUCUUGGGCUUGCUGUCUGCUCUACUCUUUUUGUAUCAUCUUUCGGUUGUUCCACUAUGUUGGGACCUAUGAGUACUGAACUGAAGGAAAGGAAAAGGGCAGUCUACAGAAAGCGUACAAAGCCUGGUGAAGGCGUUCGUCCAGAGGAGGUGGAUGAUACACAGUCUGAAGAGAAGACUGAUACAGACAAGAACAUGGCGAUAAUGUUUAACAUCCUACGGCAAAAGAAGCGCGUGAGGCUUGAAAGUUUGAUGCUCAACAGAAGAUCAUUUGCACAGACUGUAGAGAAUUUGUUCGCUCUAUCCUUCUUGGUCAAAGACGGACGAGUAGAGAUCAUUGUUGAUAAGACCGGUUCUCAUUUUGCCUUGCCGAGAAACGCACCUGCUGCAAAUCUGGUGAUGUCAGGGGAGGUCAUCUAUAACCAUUUUGUGUUUAGAUUUGAUUUCAAAGACUGGAAGUUGAUGUCUGAAAUGGUGCCGAUGGGCGAAGAGCUAAUGCCACACAGAGAAAUUGCAAUCGCUUCAUCUUCUUGUCCCUCAGACUUCCCACAAGAUUCUCAGACAACGCCAAUAAGAAAAUUCUCGAGAAACCGAGGUUUGGUUGUACAGGAAGAUACUGUUGUUGAAGAUUCUCCUGACAUCGAGGGGGAUGGAACUCGAAAGAGAUGUAAGCGGAGACUCGCUUGAGAACAUUAGUCUUGUUGUAUUUAGUAUAUAACUAUAUAAGAGUAGUGUGUUAAAAACUCCCGAUGCUGUUUGGUUUUGUGACAUUAACUUAACUACAGUUUUCGUCCGCGCUACACGCGGAAAAUAGGAUUAAAUAUAUUUUGUGUAGUAUUAAAAUUUUUUAAUAAAUUUAUUAUUAUUUAUUGUUAUAUGAAUAUUUAGGUUGAGUUUAUUUUUAUAAUUUUUAUUAAGUUUUAUAAAAUUAUGCGCGGAGAUAGGAUCUCUAGUGAGAAAUGUUUCACCCUUGACAAAAUAUAAGAAAUCAAUUUUAGUGUAUUUUAUAACAUUGUGUAAUUAUUUAUAUUUAAUACCAAUACUAUACAAAGAAAUAAACUUAUAUAUUAAGUUUCAAAUUUUAUUAGUUUAAAUAUAUUAGUCACCUAUUUAUUUUUAUAUAUACUAUUUUGAUGUUUUGACAUAAGUUUAGAAAAAAUGUUUAGCAUUCUCUUUUGAUAGUAUUUUCUAAUAGAAUCAAUGUAUUUCUUUAAUAAUUUUUUGUUUUGUAAUUUUAAAUAGUAUGUGUUUAAAUAGUUUUUAUUUAUUUUAAAACUGAUAUUUACUGUUAAUUUAUUUUUAUUUUUAUAAUAUAACUAAAAUGAAACAUUAUUUUCAAAAAAUGUAAACCACUUUAAUUAUUUAUAUCACAAUUACAAAUAUAGAUAUAUCAAACAUAAAUAAUUAUAUUAUAUAACUAUUUGUGCUUUAUCAAUUAGUUAGAAUAUGUACAUUAUAACAUACAAUUGCGAGUUAGCAUAUGAAAUACUUGGAGCAGAUAUACACAUGUCAGAAUAGGAGGGAGGGAUUCGCUAAAGCUCUAAUUAGGUAUCUCCAAAACAUGUUUGAUCACCAAGAAACACAUCUAAUUAGUAACUCGAAUCGAAGAAAUAUUAAAAGAUCAAACGAAUAAUAACACUAUUAUACAAACAAAGAUUUUGAGAGAUAGAUAUUUUGAGGAGUCCCUACCUUAAUUUCCUAUACAGUCUCUGUUAGCUUUUUCCUUGUUCUCAUCUUCUACGGCUGGUUUUUUCGUGUAAGUUUUUUUCGACUUUUUAUUUUUGUAGACACCAUCCAUGCUUGUAAAUUGUAAGUUAUACGUUUAUAACUUUCACAGUUACCUCGUCACAGUACUUUAGACAGCCAUAGUCCUAUCAGUUAAGGAAAUGGAGAUCGCAUGAAAACAGGGGAUAGUAUAACAUAAAUCUUCUGACAAAAUGUAUCAUUGUCAUCUGGACAUUUACAAAUUUAUAAAUUUUAGCUCUAAUAAAAGAUGAGCAUUCUCCCUUUGUAUAUCCAAAAAAAAAAAA